AUGGCCACUCAAACUCCCCACAUUCUCCUUGUGGAUGAUUGUCGUGUUGAUUGCGUUGUUGCAUCAUUUACCCUCAACAGUUUCAACAUUCGAGUAACUAUUGCGGGAGAUGCCAUGGAAGCCUUGGAAUUCUUGGAUAACAAUAAUGGUGUGGACCUUAUUUUGACUGAGUACUGCAUUCCUGAUAUGACUGGCUACGAUUUGCUUAGGGAAGUGAAGGAAUCACCAAAACUGAAGCACAUUCCAGUGGUGAUAACAUGCACUGAUGUCAUCCCAGAAAGAAUCAUUGAGUGCAUUGAAGGAGGGGCAGAGGAAUACAUGAUAAAGCCUCUCAAGGUUUCUGAUGUGCCUCGUAUUCUUAGCUACAUGUGA